CGGCGAUAUCAGCACGAUCUUGUCCACAGUCUUGUCCACGUGUCCACAGUCAGCAGGCAGUAUCAGCACGAUCUUGUCCACGUGUCCACAGUCACCAGGCAGUAUGCUGCAACAUACACUUAUUCGUUCGUCACUAAGGGGAUGGGGACAACAAUUGAUAGCGUAGUGGAACCACAGGUUCAUGCGCCACGGGGACAAUCUUGUCCCUACGGACGACAUCGAUCUUGGUGGGAUUCGAGCGUCCCAGCACGAGCCGGCGGUGGUGCUUCUGGAACUUAUCUUCUUUCAGCGUCUCCAAUGAACCGCUCCCAACUCUCCACCUUCGCCCUUCCAUCUCACUUUCCCACCUUUUGGCAGACUGAGUCUAGUCUUCACCCUCGCUUCUCUUUCAGUCUGGAGCCGCUCGCUGUUCCCCUCCUUGAUCCAAGGCAGUGGAGGCUCUGGUGUGAACACUUCGUCGAUCUUUCGGUGUGCCUGGUUGGAGUGAGACUCACGUGGACAAGGGACGAAGAGCAUCGCGCUUGGAUCGAGUACUUGGAGUUGCUGAUCAUCCAGGCUUGGAGGACGGAUGUGGAGGGUAAUCUUCUUGGAUUCCUGUUCCGAUCGGUGAGGCCCGACCAUCGCCAGCUGAUCGUGCAGGAACUCAGCGUUCCUCUCGCACAGUUGGUUGACGAUCUCCUCCUUGAGAUCGUCUCGCAGAGCAACGAGAGCCCGGUCCCACACGUCCUCACACGAACGUUGAAGCCGUACCUUGAGUGGUCAGUGUGCCUGGAGGAGCCGGGAAGCGGCCGCAACCCGCCAUCGCAGCGGGGAUAUCUAGACCCACACGAGAUAAUCGACCUCGCUUUCUUCCAGGAUCGAACGGUCUCUGAAGACGAGGAGUUAGCGAUCGAAGAAGAAGAAGAAGAAGAAGAAGCUGUUGAGGAGGACGACAAGGAAGAGACACCGGAAGAGGGGAGUUAUAGUGAAGAUUGCGAAGGAGAGAAGAGUGACGAGGAAGAAGAAGAAGAGCAAGGCGAAGAAGAGGAAGAGCUAGAGCUGGAAGAAUCUGAGUGGGAGAUCUCAGCAGAGGAGGCAGAACAAACGGACGCUCAGGUAGAGGAUCCCGAGGCGGCGCGCAAGAGAGAGAAGAUCGCGGUCGGAAAGCGACAACUGGAAUUCGCUAGUGGUGCAAAUCUGCAGAUCGCCGAUGAUCCGGCCCGAGAUCCAGAGUCGCCCAAGGCCGAAGAUGGACACCCGCCAGCCGAGACUUUGAGCGCACCAGCAAGGUGGCGACGAAGCCGAUCACCCUCCCCCUCCACCUCCGACCGUCCAUCAGUUCGAGCCCGUACUGAUGCGGGCCAUCGGGCUUCGUCCCCGGUCGUUAUCUCGCCGUCCCCUUGACCAUCUCACCCUCCGCCAAAUUACCACCCGUGUCACUUUCCCCCGUAACCCCUUCCCCAUCG